CAUUCGGGAAAAAAUCUAACAAAAAGCUAACAAAAACUAAAAGAAAAGGGUUAAAAUUCCAACUGCAGAAUCAGGAAUCAUCUAUAGAGAAUCUAGAUCCUGGCCAAGACAGCUUAGACCUCGACUGUGGGUUGAACUCAGGAUGAGGAUGAGUCUUUCCCUGCAUUGCCUCGUGUACUAGCGACCUUUGGGUAAGAGACAGCGCCUGAGGAAUCUAUAUCCAAGACGGAAUUCGGCAUAUAAUCAUAAAAAAUAACAGAAGCACAAGAAUCGAAAAUGUUUAAGGCUCCGGCAGCAAACGAAAGCAAAAGCCGUCCGCUGGCGGCUAUAGGUUCUGAGAGAGCAGCCCGCCUGGCUGCCAUUGGAAAUCAGGAUCUCGGCAAAGUGAUGGCUCCACCAGACAACCUGAAUCCCUGUCCCAACUCCAGGGGAGCUAGGCUUCCUGCCAUUGGAUCGGAGAGGGCUGCCCGCCUAUUAGCUCUGCGGAAUCUCAAUACGAGUCAGGGCUUGGCAGUUUGGCAGUUGCAGUCGUCGAGGCUGUCGCUCCCGCUGGAGCACAGCGACGUCGAUAUAUCGUUCUCCGUGAUUCCCGACUGGCAGGCAGAUCCCCCGACCGGAGGGCACUCCCGCUCUGGCUAUGCGUUCUUAGCCAGAUUUAUGGAGAAUCUGGAUCCCGACCAAGCCAUAGCGCAUCGGGAUAACCUGAACCGUGGCCUCCCACAGGUCAGAGGAGGGAGGACUCCCUCGCCGCCGCGUGCCUUGGAAGCCAUUGGCUCGGAGAGGGCUGCCCAUUUGGCGGCUCUGCGGAAUCUUAAUAUGAGUCCGUCGUCGUCUCUGCAGGACAACGACGGCGAUACACCGUUCUGCGACACCCACUGGUCGGAUACGAGCAUGCUGCCGGGCUGGCAGACAGAUUCCCCGACCGGAGGGCACUCCCGGAAUGAGUCUGCCACACACCAGCAGAAGUUGGAGUCGAUAUUUCAGCCGGAACGAGUCCCGCAUCCGGAGAGGAAUCCACUACCGCCUCCUUCUUUGCCUCUGACAACUAGACCAGAAGGAUUGCACCUGCUGCUGGACAACUCACCGGUCCAAGCCGAGAGCUCAUGGCUAAGCAUGCUGCCCAAGUUACAGGCGAAGGCAAAAUCAACGCCUCUGCCCGAGCUGCCCUUGUCACUGAACGAUGAGCGUGUAUUGGACGACUUACACCGCGUCCAGGCCAUCAAUCGCAGGCUGGUGGAGCGCAUCUUUGGUCAGAUGCCAGACGAGCAAAGUCGCCAGCGAUUUCAAGGCGAGUUGCUGAGCCAGCAGCUCGCUGCCGAGCAGCAGCUGGCGGGUUUUCUGGAAAGAAAGCUGGGCCAAGACCCUGGAUGUCUUGAUUUGGAAAUGGAGGGGAUGCAGUAGCUGCAGGUGGAGAAGAAGGAAGCCUGGACUCGGCUGGAAUUUAGAUCAUUCCAAGCGAUUUGGAUAUUGCAGGGUCAUUAUAAGCCCCAAAAACUCCGAAUCAAUAAAAUCCAUGACUGACACAAGCA